AUGACACGAAGCACAGCAGCCCGACACAACCGGGUCACCACGGAUAGAAAUGGCAUAAUCGAAAACGUCCACUAUGUCCACGUCGCUGUCACCGACUCUGAGGGCUGUAUCAUCUUUUCUGUUGGCGAUCCCACAAGAUUCACCCUUGCCCGCUCAACGGCAAAACCUGCACAAGCUGUUGCAAUCAUCGAGACAGGGGUCUGUGACACUGUCUUUGAUCAAGUUGACCUUGCCCUCAUCUGUGCUUCACAUAAUUGUGAAGAUAAGCAUGUGGAAAGGGCCAAGGCCAUGAUGGUCAAAGCUGGAGCUCAGGAAGUACAGUACCGCUGUGGUGGACACGCGUCCAUAUCUCCGGCUAUCAACAAGCUCUGGGCCAAGAGAGGUGUCGACUACACUGGAGGUGUCUAUAAUAAUUGUUCUGGCAAACAUGCUGGUAUGAUAGCUGGUGCUCUCGCCAUCGGUACCGACCCCCAAGACUACCACUUACCUGAACAUCCCAUGCAAGUCCGUACCAAACAAGUGGUCGAAGACCUCUGCCCUAAUCCAAGCCUUGUCCAAUGGGGUGUUGAUGGGUGCAACCUGCCAGCCCCAGCCUUCCCACUCUUCUACUUGGCUCAGAUGUAUGCCAAAUUCGCCGCCGCGGCCGAUACGCCAGAGAUAUCUUCUUCCACAAGGACUAAGAACCUCGCACGAGUUUAUCAUGCCAUGACACAACACCCCGAGUUUGUUGCAGGAGAGGGGAGAUUCUGUACAGAGCUGAUGGAAGCAUACGGAGGACAGUUGAUGGGCAAGCUAGGUGCUGAUGGGUGCUAUGCUGUAGGGAUACGCGAGUGCGCCGACACUAAGCGUCUAGGAGUCCACGGUGCUGUGGGCAUUUCCGUCAAGGUAGAUGAUGGAAACUACGAGGUUCUCUAUGCUGUGGUAAUGGAGGUUCUGGAGCAGCUCAACAUCGGAACAAUCCAGACAAGAAUGUCACUACAAGAGUGGCAUUAUUUCAAAAGGCGGAAUACUGUGGAAGUCGUUAUUGGUUCCGUCAAUCUCGACGACAUACAACUGCACGACGAGUAA